GCAUUUCCAGUUAGCUUCCACCACUCUGCAAUUCAUCACCUAACAAAAGGUUCUACCGCUCCGCAUUGUGGGUUCCUCCAAAGGGAAGAUCAUUUGCAUUUCUACACAUAUGUCGUUGACUUACCCUAACCCCACUACGAUCAAAGACGGUUUGCAAAGCCGUUAAUUGGAGACAUCAGUCGCGUCCGCCUCUAAAGGAGAAAAACAUCGCUGCUGCUUCAGCUUUUGCUUCUUUAAAUGUUUUUGUGGAGCAUCCUUCAAAGGACCUCAAGUAGACCGUAUUCCUCAACACCGUCCAUUCCCAGCCGUUCAUGUGCUCGCAAAAUUGAGAGUACGAAAUAAACCUUCUCAAUGGCGUCCACGGUCUCUGCAAUGAGAGCGAGCUCGCACGAUACCGAAUGCGAUGGCUCGCAGCAGCUUCCCUAUGGACCUCUCUGGAAACAAGACUGCCCCUCGUCGGGGCGAUGACUCAAUUCCGAACAACUGGGAUAUCACUCAUUAGCGGUGACCCGGAACCGAUGGUUUAUGUGAUACAACCCACGUUAUCCCACUCGUCCAUGGUUUUUGCCCUCAAUUACGAUGCGCAUCAGGGACUGCAAGAAUCGUUAGCAGCGGAGACAAAUCAAAAUAUUCAUUUGACGGCAAGGCCGCCGAUAUCGACGCUCAAGGAUCAUCCGAUUACGUUUGCGCUGAACAUGACGCUCCUUUUGUCACAAGAAGUGUUGGUACGCUCGCGCAAACUAAGGGAAAAGGGCUGCGUAUCGUCGUGUAUGCCAAGAGGUACUCGUAUCCUGUCUUACGGUAUGGUACGCUGGUCUCGCUGCGCUAGGUCAUUUGGACAAAAGGCGAAUGUCCUGUAUCAAAUUUUAAGCCAUCAACGACGACAUGCAACCGUUCAAGCUGAUCGCUGUCAGGCCAUCUUAGCGCACAUGUUACAUAUAAUUGCCCACGGUUCUUAUUAAUGCAUCCGGCGCCCCGCUGUCAUCGAGAAAAAAGGACUCAUGAAGCUCCGAGACGACAGUUCCCGUUUGCUUUGCCUUCCCAAAAUAGAAGGUCUGACGAGAACGCAGAGGAAGCAUUUGAGGAAACCCAAGUCAAAGCGCUGGAUCUUGACGUAUUUAGAAACCAAUGAAUUGUAUCAUUUUGGACCUCUUCUUGAAGAUCAUUGGGGCUUAUUGGCACCAGUGUGUUGCAAACAAAU